UUUCAGCUGAACAAUACGCAUGAAUGCGCAAAUACUAAACAAGAUCCCCAUUUUCCUUCUUUCUCACUCAAUAUUUUUUGUUUUAUUUUUUAUCAAGCUUUUUUCUUCCAUUUUAUACAAAUGCUUUCAUCGUCGAAACUGAGUAUGCUGCUUCUUUCUCUGGUGCUGCUCGUGCACCAGUCCCUGGCAAUGAACAUUACGUGCCCCGCCUUCCAGUCCUUACAGAAAGUGACAUACGACAACGUGGCACCGCAGGCCCUCGCCAGAGUCAUUAUAGCCUUCGAGUCCGCGGCAACCAACCAAACACUCGACGCAUACCGCGACGCCCUCAUAUGCCGCGGGUCGACCAUCAAUACGCCCUACUACAACACCAAAACACUCACCGGAUUCACAUCGCUGCAGUACGCCAAUGCGCUGCAAACGUCGGCGUACGUGGUUGCUGUUGAAUUGGACUCAAAGGUGACUGCGCUGCAGCAAAGUUCUGCCGGCGCAUCUGCAUCCGAUGGCAAUUUGGUCACUGUGAGGACCUCGGUGGCGAAUGUGGACAGCUUUGUUAUCGCAACUGAUUUAGCGAAUUUUGGCCUGGACAACUCGUCUUCCAAUAAGUCGCACAGCAGCAGCAGCAGCGCCUCUUCGGCCACUAAGCGCAUCUUUGUCAGUAAAGUCUUGACGAUCACCAGGAAAGUAUUUUUGUUGCUUGCCGCUGUUGCCACCGAGUACGUUCUUGAUAUGGCCGAGAAACUGUUGGAUUAG